AUGCCCACCGUUCUGAGCGACCAUAGUGACCACCUCUCACUCACUUCACUAUCCUUUUCAUCGAUCCAGGAGGGACAGCAGCAUUACCACCAUCGUUUUCCAGCUCAUUUUCAUCCUAGCUAUGCCAGUCAGAUCCAGCAGCUCCAUCAUCUACCUCCAACACGGUCAAGCAGCCCAGCCUCGGUACAAGGAGGAUGCUUCCCAAGAGCCCUUCACGCAGCCAGAUGGGCCAAGAAAACCCCCAAAAUCAAGCCCGCAAGACGUUUGUCUUCUUCCUCGACAAUCACCACCAAACACAUUCCUCAUCAUCAUGGACCCAAAUGGAUCCACAGGCACGGAAUGAUUAAUGGAAUCAACUACCAUUGGGUAGAAACAACAAACCUCAAUGAAGAUGAAGGGGUUAAGGCCACCGAUAAGCCUCUUGUCAUCCUUUUGCAUGGCUUCCCGCAGUUCUGGUACACUUGGCGGCACCAGAUUGUCCCCUUGGGAGAUGCCGGAUACCGAGUGGUGGCUCCGGAUCUUCGUGGUUUCAACUUGACGGAUAAACCGCCUUGCGCACCGACAAGGGCAACUACGGAUGACCAAGGAAGGACGCAUCACUCGGGUUACGACAUGGAGACACUAACAGAAGAUAUCCGAGCAUUGAUCCUUCAUUUAGGGCACACUGAAGCCAACAUCGUCGGGCAUGAUUGGGGCGGCAUCAUUGGAUGGGCCUUUGCUGCAAGAUUCCCCCAUCAUACCACGAAGCUAGUCGUGAUGAAUGCGCCUCACCUGGGACGCUGGAGGGAUGUUGUGAUGGACUACUCCUCGGCAUCUUGUUUUCAGCAACUUUGGUGGUCCACUUGGUACACGCUGUGCUGCCAGCUUCUCCCGUCAUGGAUACCCGAAGCGGUCUUGUCCUACCAACGUAGUUGGAUACUGACACACACCAUGAGGCCCACACCCUCUUGUGGUCCCAGUCCCUUGUCGUGUGUAUCGAACACUCUCACAGAAGGCACCAUUUGUGCCCCAGUCAAUCCGAACAAACCAGAUGGGUUUGCAGCUCCGGGUGGUGGAGGGUGCGCUGGAUGUUGGAAGCGCACCGAAUUGGACAUGUAUCGCGAUGCAAUCUCUCAGCCAGGUGCUAUUCAUGCUCUUUUGGAGUACUACAGGAACCUUUGGCUGAGCGUUCAACAAGUAGAAAAGUACGGUAAGAUUCACAGGGACCUUCCUAUCUUGGUUUUGUGGGGACGCAAUGACAAGAGCUUUCCUCGGGAUACCUAUGCCAAAGGAUGGGAGGAGUGGAUUGAGCCAAGGGACAAAAGCAAUCCUCAAAGCAACAAGGCUUCACUCUUGACAGUCUCCUACUUGGACUGUGGACACUUCACGCCUGAAGAAGCCCCAGCCGAUGUCAAUAACGAAUUGUUGAAGUUCUUUCAGCAACCACUGCCCAUGCUAAGCGCAGAGGUAUGA